GUUUGUAGAUAGAUUUAGUCUGACAAAUUAAGCCCUUUCUGUAUACUUUGAAAAAAAUCAGAAUCAAGUCUGAUAUGGGCCUGAACAUAGCCCAUUAAAAUUCGAAUGUGUUACUUCUUUCUUACACAAACGAAAUAAGUAGGCGUUUUGCAAAUCAAACGCGUAACUGCAAGUAAACGCCUCAUUAAUCUCAAUAUAUAUGAAACAUACUUUUGAUCACUAAAUUCUCAAAUUGUUACAAGUAUCUUCAUAUAAAUAUACUCUCGGGAUAAUAAUAAAAAGCAAUUCAACAAAUUCACAUUACAAAAAGAAAAAAUACAUCAUGUCCCUCAAAGCAACUACCGUCACCAAAUCCAUGUUUGUAGCCUUAUUCACAAUUAUCGCCAUGGCUGCAUUGGCAUCUGCAGCGACCAGUUUGGUUCAGUCUCCAGAAUCAGACCACUUGGUUAACAAAUGUAUGGCUAAGUUAUCUUCAAGGUGUGCGAUGUAUGUCACUGCCGAAGUACUGUAUAGCCAUGGUCCGUUGAAACAACACGGAUGUUGUCUAGAAGUUUAUCACAUGGGACGUGUUUGUCUUAACAUCGUGACCAAACAUGUAAUCCAGACGUUUUUGCCCAAGCUUCGAAAACAAGACUCUCUAGAGAAAAGCACACAAAUAUGGUAUCUUUGUGUUCCGGUUUAACUUUGUCUUGGAUAUCAGUUAUUUUUUUCAUGCACGGA